GCUAUUGCUUGAUAUGUGGAAAACUUUCCGGCGCUUUUUUAACCGGUAGAAAACUCUUAAGGUCUAUUUCAAGUUGGGACAAGUUUUAGAUAGUUUUUGCGCAAGUAUAUUGGAUCGGCCUAUGAUCUAUUACGGUAUAGUUUUUGCGCAAGUAUAUUGGAUCGGCCUAUGAUCUGUUACGGUUUUUGUAGUCCUUUAGGUUUUUUAGGAGCUCCCUUAUCCAAAAUUUCGAGAGGGGGUCUACAUGCAGAUACUUAGCGAGCUUUCUUUGAUAGCGCUGCAAGUCAUAACACAGUUUCGUGGAACAUUUUGCUCAUGGGCUUUGUGAGAGUAAGACAACUAGUCGAAACCCACAAAUGGUUUGAUGAAAUGCCUCAAAGAAAUGUAACGACUUGGAACUCCAUUAUCUCAGCUUAUGCAUUGAAUGGGCAGCCAAGUUCAGCUCUACAACUCUUUCUCAAAAUUCUGAAUAUGGGUUUCAGACCCACUGGUUUCACCUUCUUGACCAUCCUUGUCUCCUACGUUUCUCUUUGUCAUGGCAAAGAAGCUCAUGCCCGCUUGAUAAGACAAGACCUUGGAUCAAAUCUUAUAACCAGUAAUGCUUUAAUGGACAUGUAUGGGAAGUUCGGAUCAGUUGGGUACUUGUUCAAUAUGCUUUGCAGCAUGGAGGAGAGAGAUAGAAUCUCAUGGAACACUUCAAUGGCAGGAUGCAAAGGUGAAAUUGCGUUGAGAUUGUUUCAGGCCAUGAUAAUGGCCGGUGUUUCGCCUGAUCAAUUCACCUUGUCCACCAUGAUUACAGCCUGUGUUGGCUUGAGAGAUCUCAGAAGUGGUGAGCAAAUUUUCAGUAAAACCAUCGAGUCUGGUUUCUAUGCUAACGAUUUGGUCCUUGCAUCACUAAUCGAUCUCUUUGCAAAGUGCGACAGAUUAUGCGAAGUUCGAGUAUUCGGAGAAGCAGAAGAGCGAAACGGGCCUAUCUAUAAUGCAAUGAUCUCCGUCUAUGCGAUGCUUGUGCUUAUAACAGAUGCAUUCCUACCCUUUAAAGGGAUAAUGAGAGCGAAAAUUGAGCCCGAUGGGUUCAGGAGCAUUUUGAAAGGUGUUGCAUCCUACUUUGUUGCAGUGGAUGAGCAGGGGAAGCAAUUACACACUCUGGUUCUAAAACUAGGCUUUAGCACAGAAUUGAUUACACUGAGUUGUUUGAUUGAUAUGUACUCAAAAUCAGGAUUCAUUGAAUGUGCAGAGAGAGUAUUUUUGCAAAUGGGUACCAAAGAUUUGGUGGCAUGCAAUGCCAUGAUCAAUGGAUAUGCUAGAAAUGGAUAGGGGAUCAAAGGUUUGAGCUUGUUCGAUGAGAUUCAAUUUACAAAGCUUCGGCCUGAUAGACUAACGUUCUCAGGGGUUCUAUCGGCUUGCAACAUUAGUGGCCUUGUAGAGAGAGGUUUGGAGAUUUUCUAUCUCAUGAAGGAGGAGUAUGGAGUCGUCCCUGGGCCUGAGCAUUACGCAUGUGUGGUGGACAUGUUGGGCCGAAGGGGUAGGCUCAAGGAAGCCAUGAAAGUUGCAGAGUCGAUGCCAUUUGAGGCUGGCGCAUUGGUUUGGGAGGCUCUGUUUGGGGCUUGUAGAGUGGACGGAGACAUGGUGAUUGGACAAAGAGCUGCAGAGAGAUUGGCAGUGCUCGAACCAAAGUGGGUGCUGCCAUAUUUGGUCAUGGCGCAGGUGCGUGCCAUGAAUUGCAGGUGGGAGAGAGUGGCUUGUGUGAGAAAUGCCAUGCAAGAGAAAAGGGUGAAGAAGGUUACAGGGUGCAGUUGGAUUGGGAUCAGAGAGAAGGUAAUUGUAAAGAAGAAGCUCUCUACAGGCUCUUUCUUCUUACUUUCUCUACAGGCUCUCUCUUCUUACUCUCUCUGCAAGUAAAGAAGAAGCAACCCAUCAAUGGUGAACGAUCGACCUUCACACCCAAAAAAGAACCCUUGUUCCUUUAAUGGUGAUCCAACGCUCUCCUUCUUUGUUUGACUCUCACAACCAGGAAGAGUGAACCCUAGCCUAGUCAAUGGUGAGCUAAAACUCUUAUGGAGUCUAAAUAUGGGGCUUUGGCAACAAGGAGAAGUUUAAGGAGUUUUUUUUUUUUGGCUUCAGUGUCUUGAGAGGAGUGUAAUAUUGCUUGUUUGUUUCUCUCUCUAGAUGUACGGAUACUGAACCAUUCUCUCUGGCUUUACAUCUUGCAAAUUUUCUAAUGCUAAUUUCUUAAUCAUUUAGUUAAUUUGCUGUUUUCCCUAUUUGAAGAUGGGUGCA